AAUCAGAUUUGGCCCUGAAAAAAAGAAAAAAUAACCAAAAAUCCUCGAAUAAACAAAAAACUAAGGAGCAGGUUGAGGAAAUUGUUAGUGAAAAAAGAACCAAGCAGCAGGUCGAGAAAAAUGUUAGUGAUGAAGAGGAUAAAUACUACUCAGAAGAAUACAAUAAUUCUGAAAAGACAUCAGAUAU